AUGGAGUCUGAAAAUCGAAACCCACCUCAAGGAUUUUGCUACCCCGAACCUGAACCAGAACCACUGAACAUGUAUACGGGCCUGCCCGGGAUCAAUUCGAUGCCACCGCCGGCGAAUUCCACACCGUCGUCCACUGCGGCUGCUGCUACUGCUAAUACGACGUCGCUCGAGGUCCCUCCGAAUAAGAAGAUCCGAAAAACCUAUACGAUUACCAAGCCGAGGCAGACCUGGACGGAGCAGGAGCAUGAAAAGUUUGUCGAAGCUAUAAAAUUAUUUCAUCGCGACUGGAAGAAGAUUGAAACAUUUAUUGGUUCAAAAAAUGUCAUUCAGAUACGUAGCCACGCACAGAAGUACUUUGAGAAAAUUCUGAAAAGUGGGAAAAAUGAACAUGUACCUCCUCCUCGACCAAAGAAGAAGGCUACUCAUCCAUACCCACACAAAGCCCCUAAUAAUGCUUCAAAUGUUGCUCAUGUCACUACAGCUUCAAAUGUUGUACCACAAGUGGAAGAAGAUGAUUGGAGGUUCUUUGUCUCUCAAUUUACAGAUAACACUAUAAAGGAUCAUACAUACUCCGAGGCAAUAAAAGAGAUGAACAUGAGCCUUCGAAAGCUCUACCAAGAAAUCCAAUCCAGGAGUACAAGGUAUUCUCAGCACAUUAACGAGUGA